AUGGGUGGAGAAUGUGGGAGUCGGCUGGUGGAUGCGACAGACGGACGGGACGAUGCGGACGAAGAGGAGAUCCACUCGAUCGUCGAUGAUUUGUCAUUGAGACUUGGAAAUUUGGGAGACGGUUGGUUGGAGAGCAGUCAGACGUCACCCAAGUAUUUCGAGUUUACGCCGAUUGAGCUGCAUGCUAUCACAGAACGUCUUCGACUUCCGGAACCAACAGCGCCAGAUGUCAAUAUGGUCGCUGAUAUUGGAAACACGAUAGACUUCCUCCAUCGUGUCCGUGCUCUUAAAAUUCGAGGGCAAAAGGGCUAUGUAGGAACAUCGAAUAUUGUAUGGAACUCACUUGAUAUGAGUCUCUACUUUUGUAAAGGACUCAAAGCACUCUGGAUUGCUGACAGUGACGUGUGCCGUAUAAAUGGAAUAAAAAGUGUUCGAGAAACACUCCGACGACUUGUUGUUCAUUAUUCGAUGAAGAAGAUCAAGGAUUUGUUGUUUGAUGAGGAGGAUUUGGAAGCAGGACUGAUGGUAGAAGAGAUGGGAACGUGGAAGUGUUUAGAAGAAGUUGAUCUCUCGUUUAAUGAAAUUAAAACUUUCGACGAAAGCAUGAAGCUCCUCCCAGAAGUCCGUAUUCUGAAUGUCAGCUACAACUCCAUUACGGACAUUGGAUCGAAUCUCGCUUUUCUCUCUUCCCUUACUGAACUUGAUCUGUCGAAUAAUACGAUUACGAGGAUCGAAUCAUGGAACGAGAAACUUGGAAAUGUGAAAAAGCUGAUCCUCAGUGAGAAUGCGAUCGAAGAUUUGACUGGACUGGGAAAGUUGUACUCACUGGAAUAUUUGGAUGUGAAAGGAAAUAAUAUUCAAACGUUGGAAGCUGUUCAAGGAAUUGGGAAACUUCCUUGCCUCGAAAUCAUCUUACUUCGUGAUAACCCAAUUAGGAAACUUGUUGAGUACAGAACGAAAGUUCUAGAGUUAUUCGGAGAGCGUAGCAGUGAGGUGAAACUCGACGGGAGACGUCCAGAACCACGAGAACUCGAUACAGUUCGUGUCCGAAUGGCACUUCGAAAAGCGAAAGAAGAGAAGGAAGAACGAGAAAGAAGACGUCGAGAGAGAAUCGAAGAGAGAAUUCGAUAUAUUUCUGGAGAAGAUGUCAGUCCCAAUGUAUCUGGAUCUUUUUAG